AUAUAUAGUUCUCAACAGUAGGACAAUUAUUUGGAAUAGAAUCAUUCACUAGUCUUCAAUUUUCUUUGCUAUUACAUAUUUUGUGUAUCUAGAUUAUAGUUUCUUUUAAAGUGUCCAGCUUUUUCAUUCUUGAAUAUUGAUCCUUAGACAAUGAUUCCAUCUCAAAUGAAAGUUUUUCUAGUUAUUUUUCUUCAAAGUUACAUAGUCCUAGCAUAUGAUCCAGAUCCAGUUCAUGACUAUUGCAUACCAAGGGAAGAAUUCACUUCAAUCUUCCUUUCUUGCAAGAAUUCAUCGCUUGUGACAGUCGAUGAUUUUGUAUAUUCAGGGAUCAAAGAUCCCGGAAACUAUAAGCAUACUGGAUUUUCAUCCAUUCCAGUGAGCUCCACUGUCUUUCCUGGACUAAACACAUUAGGCAUGUCAUUUGUACGCGCUGAUUUUGACAUUGAUGGUGUCAACGUGCCACAUUUUCAUCCGAGAGCAACGGAGACUGCAUUCGUGCUCGAGGGUAGGAUUUAUUCAGGGUUUGUUGAUUCAGGAUCCAGAGUUUUUGCCAAGGUUCUUGAGAAAGGAGAAGUCAUGGUGUUUCCAAAAGGUUUAGUUCACUUCCAGAUGAACGUUGGAGAGUCGCCAGCAACUAUUCUCGGGAGCUUUAACAGCCAAAAUCCUGGAUUAGUGAAAAUCCCAUCUGCUGUUUUUGGAACAGGAAUUAAAGAGGAGCUCUUGAUGAAGGCUUUUGGAUUGAAUGAUAAGGAGAUUGCUAAAUUGAGGAAGAAGUUUGUUCCUCAAUAGCAGGAUAGAUUAUAGGAAAUAUUUGUAGUUUCUGUGUUUCAUCUCUUUACUUCUGUAUUCAGUAAUGCAACUAAAUUAUCUUAGUUCCAAAAAGAUUCUGCAUAGUUCUAAAGGUUGCAACUUGCAACAUAAUCAUACUGAAAAUCAGUAAAAAAAGCGGAAAUUUCAUAAUAA